AUGCUGCUUCGAACAACACUGCGGUCCCGGGCGCUGCGGCCCGCUGGAUUCCGCGCUGUGCGCUUCACUUCUUCUGCGCCGCUCAUUCGCAUUGAGGACGGAACGUUCUACAAACAAUACCCGACCGGAGACGAUGCCGCAACCAAUCCGCCUCUAUACCCGAACUUUAACUUCACUCUGGCCUCCAACAAAUCGCUCGCAUCGAAAAGGCAACCGUCGUUGCAGCAUUGGGCUGUGAUUGGGCCUUCAGGACGAACUGAUCUGCUGGACAUCUUGCGCGGCCAGCACAUCUCCAUACCGCCUACUGCCCGGUCAUAUCCCUACCUCCUCUCAGACGAGAUCGCCGCCAAGGACCCACAGCUGCGCUUUGUCGGAAAUGCCAUUCAGUACAUCGGAUUUAGUGGUGAAGGCUCUGGUGCCAUUGGGGGUACUCGUGGUGCAUAUCUGAGUGCUCGUUAUGAGAGCCAUCGCGAGGAGACCGAUUGGACUGUGGAGCAGUUUUUGCGGGGCCAGACUUCGUUAAAUCCAAUGAAAGGAGAAGAGAAAGGCACAUUGCAUGAUGAGCGGUUGCUCCAGGAAGUCAUCAUUGACCUCCACCUGGAGUCCUUGCUCGACAUGCCAAUUGCAAAUCUCAGUAACGGUCAGACACGACGGGCGCGCAUUGCGAAGGCGCUGCUGAAGAAGCCGGAAUUGUUGCUGUUGGAUGAGCCUUUUAUGGGACUGGACCCAGCCACGGUCCGAAGCAUCUCGGGCCUACUCCAUCGACUGGCGGAGAAAAGUUCCCCGCGGCUUGUGCUGGCGCUUCGUCCUCAGGAUAAGGUACCUGAAUGGAUCUCUCAUAUAAUUCUGGUGGGCAAUGCCCACCAGGUACUCCAACAGGGGACAAAGGGGGACAUCGAUGCAACUCUUCGAGCUUGGCAGGAGAUGCCUAUGAAAUUAAAUCGAGCGCCAAAAAAUCCCGAGAAACAGAAGAUAUGGAGCCAGUUUCACGCUCAGAUCAAAUCCGGGAAUCUUGAUGAGCAAUUACUUCAAGACUUCACUUUGAACCGAACCAAAAAGUCCUCACGUCACGGUCCAGCACCGUUAGGUGGAGAGGUGCUGAUUGAAAUGGACGGUGUCUGCGUCCAGUACGGUGACAAGGCGGUACUGGGUGACUGGCAGCAGAAAGUGAAUGGCGAGACCAAAGAUGGCCUGCACUGGCGGGUUCGUCGAGGCCAACGCUGGGCAAUUCUUGGUGCUAAUGGGUCAGGUAAGACAACACUGCUGUCUCUGAUCACAUCCGACCAUCCGCAAACAUAUGCACUGCCCAUCAAACUGUUCGGUCGGUCUCGUCUUCCCGAGGCGGGUAAGCCUGGACUCUCCAUCUUCGAAUUACAGUCCCGCCUAGGACAUUCAUCACCUGAGAUCCAUGCCUUCUUCCCGCGUCAAUUGACAGUACGGGAAGCUCUGGAAUCGGCCUUUGCAGAGACUUUCCUGUCAAAACCAACGCUAGACCAUGAGAGGGAUCUCGAUGUGAGCGCCGCCCUGCGAGCUUUCAAAGCUGAACUGGACCCAAAUGCGUCGCAUGAAGAGCCGCCAGAGGUCUCUACCAAUACCAAAAUGUUCCCCAAACUCGACGCACUAGAUGGAGCGCGUAAGUCAGCGAAGUCCGCCAAUAAGUAUAUGCCACUGGAACACGAAGUUGAAUACGCCGACCACAUCACGUUUGGUCAGCUAAGCACUGCACAGCAGCGAAUCGUUUUGUUUCUGCGUGCGCUGAUCCACAAACCGGACAUUGUCAUCCUCGACGAAGCAUUUUCUGGCUUGACGGCUUCCCAGCGCGAUAAGUGCCUGCAGUUCAUUGAACAUGGAGAGACCCCUAGGAAUUCACCUAUUCCUGGUGACAUCCCGUUACGACACCGGGGGUUAUCGGAGGACCAGGCGUUGGUUCUUAUUAGUCAUGUUAAAGAGGAGAUCCCCGACAGUGUGCGGUAUUACAUGCGCCUGCCGUCUGACCUCGGCGAUGGCGCUGAGCCUGUUGAUUUCCGCGCUGGGAUGCUCAAAGAUUCUAGUGUUUUAAGUGACCCUGAAAUCUGGGACCUUGUGUGGUCUCCCCCAAAGCGGUUCGUACAAGGAAGCCACAUGGCCACCGUCGAACAGAAGUCAGAGCUGAUGGACAACGUCGACGUCGAGAGAUUCGGAUAUUAUACCAUAUAG